AGAUGUGCCAUUGAGCUGUGGAAGGCCUUGGGGGAAGAACCACAGCUCCCCAGGGAGGUGCUGCAGCAGCUGCUGGACAAGCUCCAGCAGAGACGCCGGGAGGAGAAGAGCGGCAAUGUGUCUCUGGCUGCAAUGAGGACCAUUUACGAGGUCCUUUUCCUAUGGGGAUACCGAGAAGCCAUCCUGGAAAUGUAUCCCCAGAUGCUCAUCCUCUGCGUCAGGCAAGUGCAGUAUGUGAUGGAUCUGCACUUGCCAGGGACCUACAUGGCCAGCACGACAUCCAGCCCCGAGGAGGGAUCCAGCUGCCUCAACCCCCUAAGCACGUCGGUGGAGGCUGUGAAGACUCUUUUUUCCAUGCCCGGAUACUGGAAGGAAUUUGCCAGCAUCCAGUUACAGCAGAGUUGAGACAUGAUAUCUUCACGAUAUUACUAUUCGCAGGGUGUUGGCCUGAUUGCAAGAGCCAUGAUUGAGUUUGAGAACCCUCAGCUCCCUGCCAUCUUCAGAGAGGCCAUCACCACUGUUCAAAGGGAGAAGGAGGAGGAGCAGAGAAAUAUCGCCAUAACUUUCUGCACUGAGUUUCUCCAGAGUCCUUCCAUUGAGACGAUACUGACAAAAUCAGAGCUCCAGGCACAGCUCAUGGAAUGGACCCAAGAUAAAAAUCCCAUUGUACGUCGGCUCAGUCUGCGAGGCCUUGGCAGUAUUGUGCUCCAGCCAGAAAAGGUGCAAUCGUUACGGGCCCAGCUGCCAGCGAUCAUGGACAUGUUCUGUGACAGGGAUGGAGUGCGUGUCAUGGGGGCCAUGCAUCAAGCUGGAGACAUCAUCUACCUCCUGGAUGGGGAGGGGCUUGGCUCCAUCUCCCAGGACAUUGCAGUCAGCCUUCGCCCCUUCAUUGAUGACGAGAGGGGAAGUGUGCGCUCCGCUGCCAUUUUACUGCUUGGCAACGUAGUGAGCAGCGUGAAGGACCCGGACAAACCCAUUGUGCAGCAGGAAAUGAUCCACUGCUUGCUCCCGCUGCUGCUGCAUCUUGAGGACCGGGAUGAGAGUGUGACACUGAGAUGCAAACUGACGCUCUUCCGCUGCGCAGUGUUUCUCAGGUGGGCUCAUUUGAAGACGCUGUUCCGCAGCAUGGCCUGGGAUGGCUCCACACAGCUCAUGAAGUGUGCCUGGAAGUGCUUGAUGCAGAACAACAAGAGCCACAUCCCCAAAUUCCUGUUCCAGGCCUUAGAGUACCUGGAAAGCUCACAGACAACAAUCAGACAUUCUGCAGCCCUGUUCAUUGGAAAUACUAUCCACCAUUACUGUGACUUGUUGUCUGAAACAGUGACUGAAGAUGGCAUCUCCCGCCUGUAUGAAGCUUUUCAGGAAGUGCCUUUGACAUGUGACAGCACCACAGGGCACAUCCUCAAUAGGUAUUACAAAUGGCUGCAGAAGCUUGGAAAUCUCGUGUCGGGUUCCGCAUUCGACUAGGGAACGGGACCGACACAGAAGACCUCUUUGUCCUGCUAUGACAUCUAGAGGCUAACAGGAGCCAACCGAGCCCACCACUGAUCACACCUCUUGGGAGACGGCAAAGCAGCUGCUGCAUGGGAAGGAGGAGAGCGAAGAGGCAGAGCAGGAUGUGCCGGGGUGCACCAGUCACACAUAACCUCACAGUCUAGGCGGCGGAAGCCAAGCCCCUCCCCAGCCCUGCCGCACAUGCUACAACUGGAGCACCAGUGUGACAGGGAGCAGCUCAGCUCGGUCUAGGCAGAUGCCGAAAAUGGAAGAGGCACAUUGUAGGCUCCAGUCCAGAAGCAGCUGACGCCCCUGACUGCAGAGCCCCGAGGUGCCGAGACCCAACCCCAUCCCCGGGUGCCUGCAGACGUGCAAGGGAGCUCGGAGUCUCCGGGAGAUUCCCACGCCGGGAGCCCAGAGACCCCCAGCCCAUGGCCUAGAGACAUCUCGUAGGAAGUAACCUGGGAGAACUAGCCAUCGCCAUGCUGAGUGACGUCAGAUGUUCUGGCUGGAUCCCCACUGACUCAGUGCCGAACACAUUGGCCAUGGACAAGGCCCUGGGGUAGGACCCGGG